AUGGCUUCGUUUCAAGACGACGAUUUUUAUGACCCUUCUGAGGAUGACUUUGAAGAAGAGGAUGCGGAUGGGAUGACUCCUGAAGACAGGGUUGCCAUGGCAAAUGGUACUGAGGAGGUCAAAAAGGCACUCGGAGAAAACGCCAGCAAGGUGACCGUGGCGCAAAUACAGGAAGCUCUCUGGCACUAUUAUUAUGAUGUGGAAAAGUCUGCAGGCUAUCUGCAAAAGACAUUCAUUUCUCCAACUCCAAAACCUACCCCUAAAAAGGCGGCAUCAGAAGCUGUGGCACAUGGUGGCGCCACUGGAGCAGACCCGCGAGGAAGCGAAUCUGGAGGAUAUCGUGCUGGGCAAGGUUCUUUUCAGAGAUUGGCAUUUCCCAUCUUCAAGCCCCCCCAUUUUCCUAUGGAUGCGUUUUUUUCAGACAUGCCAUGGCUUCGGACGCCUACCGACCGGCAUGCCACCUUCAUUGCUCCUUGCACACCGCCUGGAGGCUUGCUGGGAGGAAGUGAUGGUGGCCCUAAAAUGUCCAAACUUCAAGCUUUGGCUGCUGCCCGAAAGAAGAAGACGGAGCAGAAGAAGGAACAAGAAAAUGAAAUCCAGGCAGAGUCGGGAUUACAAAAGUUGUCAAUAUCCUCUCAGAAGUCUUCCGGACAAGCACAAAUACCACAUACGUCAGCAUCCUCUGCGCCAAUACCGAUGCGAAAGGGAACUUGUCUCGAAUCAGAACCUUCACCUACACCAAAUACUCCAUUAUCCAGCGCUACAGAUGAACCAUUGCAUGGCAUGGAAGCCCACGUCAAUGUGGUCGAUCAGCGCCCAACGCCGUCCGCGUUUGCGCAAACCUUGAUUGGGUCUGCUCUAGGAGGUCGCAAACAGAACCAAGAUGUUUUUGCCAUGGCCUAUGCGUCCUCACCGACAUACCUCGCGUCUGCAUUCUCCGAGCCCAGCCCAGAUGACAUUGUACUCGCAGCGCAGGCGAAAGCGGGUAAAAAAGCCACACCGGCUGUUAAGACUGCACCCAAGAAGAAGGCCGAUGGCGCGGCAAAAACUGAUACCAAGACGGAUGACGUUACAAAGAAGGUCGCCGGAUUAAAAGUCAUCGAUGUACCGCCACCAAAAACGAAGGGAUUAGAUGUUGUCAAAGAAUACGAAAAGAGCGGUGCUAAGAAGAGCACUAGCUUCGUGGUUGUCGGUCAUGUCGACGCCGGCAAGAGUACAUUGAUGGGCCGUCUACUUGUGGACUUAAAAUAUGUCGACCAAAGAACCGUCGACAAAUACAAGAGACAAGCUGAGAAGAGCGGCAAACAGUCGUUCGCUCUAGCCUGGGUCAUGGACCAGCGGAGUGAAGAGCGUGAGCGCGGAGUCACCAUAGACAUUGCUACCAACUAUUUCGAAACCGAUAAGACCAAGUACACCAUUCUCGACGCCCCCGGGCACCGCGACUUUGUGCCCAAUAUGAUUGCUGGCGCAAGUCAGGCAGACUUUGCUGUCCUGGUCAUUGAUGCCAAUACUGGCGCUUAUGAGAAGGGGCUGAAGGGCCAAACUCGAGAGCAUAUUCUGCUUUUGCGAAGUCUUGGACUGCAGCGUAUUAUUGUGGCAGUCAACAAGCUCGACAUGGUGGGAUGGUCAAAAGACCGGUUCGAAGAUAUUACCCAAGAGGUCACCGGCUUCUUGACUGGCCUGGGCUUUCAAGAAAAGAAUGUCGACUUUGUCCCUAUCUCGGGAUUGGAUGGUGAGAAUAUCGUCAAGGAAAUCACGGCCCCCGCAGCCUCUUGGUAUCAAGGUGGAACUUUGCUCGAUGCUUUGGAGCGCUCCGAACCUACCACAAUUCGAGCGCUCAAGAAGCCUUUCCGCAUGGCCAUUUCCGAGAUUUUCCGCUCGCAGCAGCAGGGCACACUGACCUUGGCUGGUCGCAUCGAUUCGGGCACCAUCCAGAUUGGCGACUCGCUUGCGGUCCAGCCUAGCGGAGAGACGGCAUACAUCAAGUCGAUUAUGGUCGACACGUACGCACAGGAUUGGGCAGUUGCGGGACAAAAUGUCAGCAUCGCGCUCACUGACAUUGAUCCCAUUCACAUCCGUGCGGGCGACAUUCUGUGCCAUGCAGCCAGUCCCAUCCCUUGUGGCGAUACCUUUACGAUGAGAGCCAUGGCAUUUGAGCAUCUGAUGCCUAUGCCAGUGGACCUCCAUCGCGGCCGCCUACAUUCUCCUGGCCAAAUUCAGAGCAUCGUUGCUUCGCUGGACAAGGCUACAGGGGAUGUCAUCAAGAAGAAGCCCAAGGUCGUUCAGCCUGGUGGGGUCGCCAGAGUAGUGAUCAAGCUUAACGAGAAGGUUCCGUUGGAGGCAGGCCAAAGAGUGGUCAUCAGAGGUGGUGGUGAGACUAUCGCUGCGGGCUUACUAGAAUAG